CGUCGCAGAGGCUGCCGGGAAGUCCCUUCCUGAGCGGGAGGCCAUAGGUGGAGACGUAAGGGGGCUGCCGUGACGUCAGCGAAUGCGGAAAGGAGCGCGCUGAGGCGUCUGCCCGAACCUGGCCAUGGAAGCGGCGGAGCUGGAGCAGGAGGCGGUGAAGUUCGCGCAGCUGGCGGUGCAGCGGGACCAGCGGGGCCACUACCACGAAGCGGCCUUUUACUACAAGGAAGCUGCGCAGUCUUUGAUUUAUGCUGCAAUGGCAGGAUCAGUCUUGGAAAAUAUUCCAGAGAAAAUAAGUGAAUAUUUGGAAAGAGUUCAAGCCCUGUACUCAGCAGUGCAAAGAGUCGACCCCUUGAAGUCGAAGCAGCAGCUGGACUUGGAGCGGGCCCGUUUCCUGGUUACGCAGGCUUUUGACGAAGACGAGAAAGGCAACAGCGAGGAAGCGAUAGAGCUGUACACGGAAGCCGUGGAACUCUGCCUGAAAACGGCCAAUGAAACUUCAGAAACCGCUCUCCAGGCAAAACUGAAGCAGCUGGCUCGGCAGGCACUGGACAGAGCUGAAGCACUGAAUGAUUCAAAGCCGUCUCAGAAAGACAAGCCGGUCCCAGCGAAAGCAAAUCAACAAGCCAGGACUUACUUUCCAUUAGGGCCUGAUUUUUCCUUGAACGAUAAGCCACAGGCAGUCAGAGCUGUGCAGGCCAGUGAACCUCAAGGUCAGCGAUACACCACGGAGGAGAUUGAGGUGCUCAGGAAGACGUCAAAGAUCAAUGGCAUUGAGUACGUCCCUUUCAUGAGCGUUGACCUCAGAGAGCGCUUUGCUUUUCCGGUACCUUUCUCAGAUAGAUGUGGCAAGCUGCCGUUGUCUCCCAAGCAGAAGGCAAUGUUUUCUCGCUGGGUGCGGCCCGAUGAGAUAACGAACAGCCCCACCAUGAUCUACACAGUGUCGAGCUUCAGCAUAAAACAGACAAUCGUGUCAGAUUGUUCCUUCGUAGCUUCUCUUGCUAUCAGUGCGGCGUAUGAAAGACGAUACAACAAGAAGCUGAUUACCAGCAUUAUUUAUCCGCAGAAUAAAAAAGGAGAGCCGGAGUAUAAUCCGUGUGGAAAAUACAUGGUUAAGCUGCAUAUCAAUGGGGUCCCUCGGAAGGUGAUAAUCGAUGACUUGCUACCGGUAGAUCACAGCGGAGAACUUCUCUGCUCUUACUCCAACAACAAAAGCGAACUCUGGGUUUCCUUGAUAGAGAAAGCUUACAUGAAGGUUAUGGGAGGCUAUGAUUUUCCAGGAUCAAAUUCUAAUAUUGAUCUCCAUGCAUUGACUGGCUGGAUACCCGAAAGGAUUGCCAUGCACUCAGGCAACCAAGCUUUUGACAAAGACAGUUCCUUCAGGAUGCUGUACCAAAGAUUUCGCAAAGGGGACGUGCUCAUUACAACGGCUACGGGAGUGAUGACCGAGGAGGAAGGAGAAAAAUGGGGUUUAGUACCAACCCAUGCCUACGCCGUUUUGGAUAUCAGAGAAUACAAGGGGCUUCGAUUCCUCCAGCUGAAAAAUCCCUGGAGCCACCUCCGCUGGAAGGGAAGAUACAGUGAAAAUGAUAUGAAGAACUGGACCCCGGAACUUCAGAAGUACUUGAAUUUUGAUCCCAGAACAGCCCAGAAAAUAGACAACGGGAUUUUCUGGAUUGCCUGGGAAGAUCUGUGCAAGUAUUACGAUGUUAUAUACUUGAGCUGGAACCCGAGUCUUUUUAAAGAAUCAACAUGUAUUCACAGUACCUGGGAUGCAAAACAGGGCCCCGUGAAAGAUGCAUACAGCCUAGCUAACAACCCACAGUACAAACUGGAGGUUCAGUGCCCACAAGGUGGGGCUGCAGUUUGGAUCCUGCUUAGCAGACACAUUACGGACAAGGACGACUUUGCUCACAACCGGGAGUUCAUCACAAUGGUGGUGUACAAAACAGAUGGGAAAAAAGUUUACUACCCUGCCGAUCCUCCUCCGUAUAUCGACGGGAUUCGAAUCAACAGCCCCCACUAUCUCACCAAGAUCAAGCUGACUUCUCCGGGAACCCAUACAUUUACCCUGGUGGUUUCUCAGUACGAAAAGCAAAACACGAUUCACUACACGCUCAGGGUGUAUUCAGUGUGCAAGUUUAACUUCUGCAAGAUCCCGACACCGUACACCAUAUCCAAACGGGUAAAUGGGCAGUGGAAAGGUCAAAGCGCUGGCGGGUGUGGGAAUUUCAGAGAGACCGCCAAGAACAAUCCUAUUUACCAGUUCCAGUUGGACAAGGCCGGUCCCCUCCUCAUUGAGCUACGAGGACCAAGGCAAUACAGUGUUGGCUUUGAAGUGGUGACAGUCUCUGCGGUGGGAGAGCAAGACUUUCAGAAGAAAAACAGCGGCGAUUACAGGUGUGGGUUUUGCUACCUGGAACUCGAAUGUGUCCCUGCUGGCGUUUACAAUAUUAUCCCAAGCACUUUCCUCCCUCAGCAGGAGGGCCCUUUCUUCUUGGACUUUAAUAGCGUUACCCCUCUUAAGACAUCGCAGCUGCAAUGAGGUCAUCCAUCUCAAUGACUUAAGACUCUUUAAACGCUGGAGGGCAAUCGAAAGAACCUACCUAUGGGGGGGGGAAAUGUUUACAUGGGCUGUGCAAAACAAAUCUGGACUUUCGCAAAGGGAAUUGCACCCUAAAGCUGGAGCGGGUAACCGAUGCUGCGGAUUGAUUUCGAACACCUACAAGUUUCUACCACGUAUGCACUUUUAUAAGGUCAGGUGUUCAUUGUCCAUAGGAAUCUCUUAAAGCAGAGCGGAACCAGGUCUUAGCCUAGAACUGGCCAACUGGAGGGCAGGCCAAGGGAAUUGCUUGUUUGCCUAAAAUGUCCUUGCUCUUUGCAUGGCUUCGCUUAUAAGAAUAUUUUCAUCACGUUUGGGCUUUAAAAUGUCUGUUUCCCACCAGCUCCCCUCCUCACAGCUUUGGUUUUUCCAAAUACACCAAUGAAGCAGCUCAGGUCGUAUCUGUCUUGAAUCGGAGAUGGCUGUACAUGUUUAAAUACUUCCUUGGCUCUUUGCUGCAAGGGUGAGAAUCUGUGGCCCUCCAGAUGUUUUGGAACUAAUAAUGAUAAAAUAAUAAUAAUAAUAAUAAUAAUAAUAAUAAUAAUAAUAAUAUCCUGUUGAGGACUGGGAGAAACCCCUGCUUGAAAUAGCUGUUGGUAGUGCUAAUCCUCGCUUUAGCUCAGGGUGGAUAAAAAAUCAAUGAUUUUUUUUAAAAAAAAAUCUGAUUUUUAAAAUUUAAAUCACAUUUUUAAAAUAAAAUGCUUUUGGAGGAAAAAUCUUUCUAAAGAUAGUUUUCUAUUUAAGUUACAUUAUAGUCCAAAGGCUAGUCAUCAGGAAAUAAGGAUUUAAGUUUUUCAUGUGUGCUAAAACUCAGUCCAAUUUUUUUUUAAUCGUUUAACCACAUCAGUUAACAAACAUGGAUACAUAUGCUAUAAUGUUAUUGCUUUAGUUAAAUAAAUUGUUCCAAUUGUUAAGGAAAUGAUUAUUUUUCUACUUCCAAUAAAGUACAGCAGAAAAGUUGUCCAUAUAUAAACAAUUAGUUCAUAAUUACCUGCCUUUGUAUUUCUAAUAGUCUAACCAGAUCAGUAUAAUUUUUGAUAUAACUGUAAAAACUACUCUGAAAAUUUAUUGUUCCAAAAAUGAAACCUUCAGCGGGUUGUAAAUAUUAAGAUUAUACCAGCAAGAAUGAGUCUUUCUGUAAAAAAAAUUAUUUAAAUCAAGUUUUACUGAUUAGUGAUUUAAAUCGAUUUAAAUCAAAUCUACCCUGCUUUAAUAAUAAUAAUAAUAAUAAUAAUAAUAAUAAUAAUAAUAAUAAUAAUAAUAAUAAUAAUUUAUUUAUACCCCGCCCUCCCCAGUCAGAACCGGGCUCAGGGCGGCUCACACCAAUAAAAUUACAAUAAAACAUAAAAAACAAUUAAUUAAAAUACAAUAUUAAAAUUUAAAAUGCAGCCUCAUUUCAAGUAGUCCAUAAAUCCAAGCCAUGAGGGAGGAAAACACAGGGGUCAGACUAAGUCCAACCCAAAGGCCAGGCAGAACAGCUGUCUUGCAGGCCCUGCGGAAAGAUGACAAAUCCCACAGGGCCCUGGUCUCCUGUGAAAGAGCGUUCCACCAAGUUGGGGCCAAUACUGAAAAGGCCCUGGCCCUAGUUGAGGCCAAUCUAGCCACCUUGUGGCUCCGGAUCUCCAGAAUAUUGUUGUUUGUGGACCUUAAGGUCCUCCGCGGGGCAUACCAGGAGAGGCGGUCCCGUAGGUUUCCCCCUUUGAUGGUUUCCCCCUUAAAUGUUGGGCUUUGGAGAGGUCCCUAUUUCUCUUUAAAGCAGGGUUGGGAACUGUGCUCCUCUAUAGUGCUGGACUCCUAUCAGCCGUAGUCACCUAUGUCUAGGACGAGGGUGUUGUGGUCCCACCAGCCAUCUGCAGGGCUACAGGUUCUCCAUCCCAUCUACAGCGCAGAGGACGAGGCUAUCUUUUGUUAUCGGCAAGUACAAUUUGUGAACGACACUUGGCAUCCCCAAUGGAGAAAUAGCAGCUUCAGGCCAAAGGGAGAAGGGGCUGGAGCAAACCUUAUUUAUUUCUCCCCAAUUUGCGACAUAGAAAUCCAUUUCCCUAGUUUGUUUUCAGCCAACUCUGCCUGAUUUUUUUUAAAAAAAAUUAAGUUUUGCUUUUCUCAAGAAAACGAAUGGUAAUGGGCAAGGCAGCUCCUCGCCAUUAUCAAGCGACUCAACAGGAUGACGUUGCUUUUGCUAUUAUCUCAAUCGGUAGCUCCCUUUGAAAAGGAAAUCAAAACCGGGUGCCUUGUAAUUGCUGUUCUGUGAGCGGCCAGCUAGGCUAGGGGGAAUUGGAACACGCUGUGCACUUACGAGCAACUCAGCUGAACUGCUUUGCAAGGCAAUUAGUAAGAUGAAAGUUACAGAUCUAGCCCUGAUUGCAAACAAGUCAGUAAUAAAAAGACAGAAGGCAACAGAUUUAAUUGAGGAUGACUUAGAGGAUGACUACACCCAAUAAUAUUCUAUGUACCGUAAGUACCAAAAAAUGGAUUCUACAGGUGAAACUCGGAAAAUUAGAAUAUCGUCGAGAAGUGCUUUUUUUUUCAGUAACGCAACUUAUUAUUUUUUAUUUUUCUUUUAAUUUUUACAAAUGCUUUCUUUUGGAAAUUCCACAGUAAUAAAACAAAUAGUUACAAUAAUACAAAACUAAACAUCGCUAUUACAUUUCAUUAAUUAGAUUCCAUUUAUAAUUGACCCGCCUAACGACAAAUAAUCACAAUUGCAACAAAUAAAGGCUUGACAUAUCUUGCUUUGCAUGUCAUGCAUCUGUCUCAUAUUGGUUUCACCUUUUAAGUUGCAUUACUGAAAUACAUUGACGAUAUUCUACCGUAAUUUUCCGAGUUUCACCUGUAUAUGGAGUUUGUCAUGUGUACAUAUAGGUAAACAUAUGGUGGGGAUUUAUAUGCACAGGUACUUAACAAGAAUUCAUCCUUUGUUUAUGGUGAUGCAUGAUUUUUUGUACAUGUACUGCUAGUAAGCCACGUGUCUCCCAUCUUACAUUUGUGCCUCUGGUUUUUCCUCCCCGAGUGCAGAACCUGACAUUUGUCCCUAUUGAAAUUCAUUUUGUUAGCUUGGGCCCAAUUCUCCAACCUGUUACGGUCAUUUUCAAUUCCGAUUCUGUCGUCUACUUCAUUAGCUGCCCUGUCCCGUUUGGUGUCCUCUGCGAAUUUGAUGAGCGUUUACUCAAUUCCUUCAUCUGUCAUUUUUUAAGACGUUGAACAAUGACGGGCCCAGGACAGAAUCAGACAGCGUUGCACUUGUCACUUUUUCCCAUUGAGAGCAUUUGUGUGGUGAAGCAUGUGUGACUGAGCUUGUUUGUUAUUUCCUCCCUCCUAACCGCUUUCCCUUUUGUGUCGUGUCUCUUUAACAUAGUGAGCCUGAGGCCAGGGACUGUCUGGGAUAUAUAUAUAUAU